AUUUUAUGCCCUCGCCAUGGCAAAUAUAUGGCCUGCUGCAUGCUGUACCGUGGGGAAGUGGUGCCCAAAGAUGUGAACACCACCAUUGCCGCUAUCAAGACCAAGCGCACCAUCCAGUUUGUGGAUUGGUGUCCCACAGCUUUCAAGGUUGGCAUUAACUACCAACCCCCCACCGCGGUGCCCGGGGAUGACCUGGCCAAGGUGCAGCGGGCCGUGUGCAUGCUGAGCAACACCAUGGCCAUCGCCGAGGCCUGGGCCCACCUCGACCACAAGUUUGACCUGAUGUACACCAAAUGGGCCUUUGUGCACUGGUACGUGGGCGAGGGCAUGGAGGAAGGAGAGUUCUCAGAGGCCUGGGAGGACCUGGCCGCCCUGGAGAAGGAUUAUGAAGAAGUGGGAACAGAGUCUAUGGAUGGCAAAGAUGAAAGUGAGGAGUUCUAG